AGUGCAGAUGUUUUUCGUUUCAAAGGAUUUCAACAGUUCACUUCAAGCUAUAACAUGUGAUUGUGUACCUGAGUUUCAAGAGCUGUGUUUUUGCAUUCCUUGCAUGUUUAUAUCAACCUUCCUCCUGGAUAACAGCUACCACAAGUAUUUUAUUCAUCAUUUUUGAAAAGCAUUUUAAGCAACAGAACUUGAAGUUAAGACUGGAAUUUAACACUGAGAAAGAAAGCUGAUUCAGAAAUGAAUUUCAAUGAAACAGAUGACAACUUUUCUUGCUACAUUCCUUCAGUGGUACAUUACCGCUAUUUUGCUGCUUCCUGGGGAAUAGUGGUGGUAAUUGUUGGCACCAUCGGAAACCUGUUGACUGUUGUGGCAUUUGCAUCAGAUAAGAAGCUGCAGACCAAGUUCAACCUUCUGAUUGUGAACCUGACAUUUGCUGACAUCCUUUACUGUUCAUUUUUACAGCCAUUUUCUGUAGAUGCCUAUAUUCACCUACACUGGAGAAGUGGUGAGAGUUUCUGUCGAGUGUUUGGAUUGCUGCUGUUUGUAUCCAAUGCCGUUUCCAUCUUGACUCUCUGUCUGAUUGCUGUAAGCCGUUAUCUAUUGAUCAAUAACACUAAAACAUUUGAACGCAUUUACUCCAGGGUGGGUUUACCUUUAAUACUCCUUUCUACAUGGGCAAUUGGAUUUGGCUGCUUUGCACCUCUUUGGACAACAUUUGUCUUUGUACAAAAGGUCUGUACUUGCAGCUUCCACAGAACAAGGGGAAGACCCUACACAACAAUUCUGUUAGUCUUCUAUUUUGUAAUAGGACUUGGUUGUGUGGGUGUCUUCUACUUUUUAAUCUACAGGAAAGUCAAGAAAGCUUCCAAAGCACUGGAUCAGUAUAAAAUCAAAAAGCUCAGUGUGAAAAAAAAUACAGCUUUGCCUAGCACAGGGAUCCCAGGUCAAUAUGACCGAGUUGACGAACCAGACAGUGGAGUAUACACAGGUGUCUCAGAAUCCCAAAAUGAUGUUCCCGUAUCCCAUGAAAAUACCAUAUCAACAGAGGGAGCCAACUCAGCCCCUGCUACUCCCAAAAAGGUGAUUGUGCAUUCAUCUCAGGGUGAAACUACCACAUACCCUGCUACUCCGAAAAGGGUGAUUGGACAGCCAUCUCAGGGUGAAACUAUAUCAACUGAUUUAGCUAAAGUAAAGCCUGCUGUUUCUAAGAAAGUGAUGACAAAAGGUCCCACCAAAUCCAAGAGCUCCAAUACUGAGUUUAAGAAGGUCACUAAGAUGUGUUUCAUGGUGUUUAUCUUCUUUGUGGUCUGCUAUCUUCCAUUUAUAUUCUUGAAUGCUCUUGAUGCAAAGAAUCUAGCCCCUCAAAUACUUCAUAUGAUUGCAGCAAACUUUACAUGGCUCAACAGUUGCAUCAACCCUAUUCUCUAUGCUGCUAUGAACAGACACUUCAAGGAGGCUUACAAGAAUGUGAUCCUGGGAAUUUUCAGCAGGUGCAGAGCUAGAAGAUAGCCUGAUGCUCAUGGCACUAUGUGCAGACUUAUAAGAAGCAAUGUUAAUAAUGCUAGCCGAAGAAUAUGCUUCCUGUGCUAACUAUGAACUGUGAAGCUGAGCUCUGCCUUUUCAAUUAAACUCCAUCCACGUAUCCAAUGUCAAGGAUCAGAUGGAUACAACUUUCUGUAAAAACAUUUUAUGACCUGGGAAACAUACAGUGUUUAACAGAAAACAGCCUAACUUUGGCUUCCCUGGUCACAGAAACCUAGAGUGAAUUUAGCCCUUUUCUAAAAUUAGUGCCAAUUGCAGAUUUGAACUUAGAUGUGUUCACACUGUUGAAUUACACAUUACUUCUAAUGAGACUUCACAAGUCAGCUAGAUUAUCUAAUGAUAUUUAAAACCAUUUAAAUGUUUCUAGGCUAUUAUUUUUUUCCAAUGUAUGUGAAUUCACAUUUUAUUAUGUAGCUUUUAAUAGUAUUGUUGAACAUGCUUUUUAGUUUAAGUAUGCUUGACUAAAUACAGCUUCAACAAUAUGAACAAACUGAACUUUUGUAUAGAUGAUAUGAGAUUGUAUAGUGUGGGUCUCAAUAAUGCAACGUGACUUUCUUUACUGCAUGGCAUUAGAUCUAAGCUGUGCUGAUACCAACUCAUCUUGCAAUUUUCAUUGGUAUUUUAUACCGGGCAUUAAGUUAAUUUAAUAUUGUUCCACACAGUGCUACUACAUUGGUACUUUAAAUGCUGUACAUCCUAGAUAUAAACAUUUUCAACUGGUCUUUUGUACUGAAGGUUUUUUAAGUUAUGGUUGUUUACUGUUUUUAAUUAUGUCAAUAAUAUUAUUUUAUAUGUCCAUUAUAAAGUAUUACAGUUUUAGUAUUUGAAAUGUAAUAGUUUACUGUAAAUGUUGUUG